AUGAGCUUCACCUUUAUCACGUUCUCGGGAUUGGUCUUCAUGGCAGCCAUCGCUCAAGCAGGUCCGGUAGGCUACGGACUCUGCCAAGCAGGCUGCUCAGCGGUAGUGAUGGCUUGCUAUACUGCUGGAGGUGCAACCUGGGGUGCCACAGCUGGUGCCACAGCUCCUGCUACCAUCAUCGGUUGCAACUCUGCCUUUGGCACUUGUCAGGCAGCCUGCGCCGCUGUUAUCUUCGCUCCGACGCCUUGA